CGAGGAGUAAUUUCCCUUUAAGCUCCUCCUCCUUCCCUUCUCUUGCUUCGGGGCUGCGAGUCGGUAUUGCUGCUGGAGGAGAAAGGAGGAGGGUACGGUGUCCCGGAGAGGACAUGCCCCGAAAGAGGCCGUUCAGCGCCAAGCAGAAGAAGAAACAACUGCAGGACAAACGGGAGCGAAAGCGGCAAGGCUUCCAAGAUGGUGUGCGGUCGAGUUCAAACAGCCGGAGUGGUAGCCAUGACAGGCAUGAAGAGCACACAGACACAUCCGACAGCGAGUCGUUCUCCCUACAGGUCCGCAGGAUCAACCAACAGCCUCAGAUCCGCAAGCCAGGAGAACAGGGCUAUGAUCCCAACAGAUACCGGCUACACUUUGAUCGGGAGAGCAAAGAAGAAAUAGAGCGGAGGAAAAAGAUUGCCAGGGAAAAGAUUUUGGAGCCUGUGCCAGAAGCUGAGACAGAAGUGGACAUAGAAGAUAUUUACAAGACCGGCUCAGUAUUGGAUUUUCCAAAACGUCCACCCUGGAGUUACCAGAUGACCAAGGAGCAGCUUUUGGCUCGAGAGGAGAAAUGCUUCCGGGAUUAUCUAGAGAAUAUCUACACUACAUUCCAGCCAAGCCAGCUAAGUUACUUUGAGCACAAUCUGGAGACCUGGAGGCAGCUGUGGCGAGUAUUGGAGAUGUCGGACAUCGUGUUGCUCAUUACAGACAUCCGGCACCCGGUCAUCAACUUUUCGCCAGCUCUCUAUGACUUUGUGACCAAGCAGAUGAAGAGAAACCUCAUCCUUGUGCUGAACAAGAUUGACCUGGCACCCCCAGCUUUGGUGGUGGCCUGGAAGCAUUACUUCAAGAGUCGGUUCCCAGAGGUCCACGUGGUUUGCUUCACCUCUUACCCGCAAGUUGACCAAGAUCCCAGCGCAGUCUUUAAGAAGCGCCGGAAGCGUCGCAAAGGAUGGAGCACAGCCAUGGGGCCUGAUCAACUUUUGAGUGCCUGCGAAAGCAUCACAGCUGGCAAAGUGGACCUGAGCAGCUGGAAGGAGAAAAUUGAGCGGGAUGCAACUAGUGCACGCCUGCCACUUGAGGACUCCGAAGACUCUGAAGAAGAUGACGAAAGCGCGGCGGUACUAGUAGAGCACCAGACCGAUGUGGCUAUGGAAGCCGGAGGGUUCUGCCAGGAAAUCUACAAGGAUGGGAUCUUGACGAUAGGCUGCGUAGGUUUCCCCAACGUAGGCAAGUCCUCGCUCAUAAAUGGGCUUGUGGGCCACAAAGUGGUGAGCGUCUCCCGCACGCCAGGCCAUACUAAGUACUUCCAGACCUACUUCCUGACGCCCACAGUCAAACUGUGUGACUGCCCUGGACUCAUCUUUCCCUCCUUGGUUGACAGAAAGCAGCAGAUCCUGUCUGGUAUCUACCCAAUCUCACAGAUCCAGGAGCCCUACACUUCUGUGGGUUACCUGGCCAGCCGAAUCCCAAUCCAGGCCUUGCUCAAGCUGCGGCAUCCGGAUGCCGAGCAUGGCAAACCUGAGCCCCCAUGGUGUGCCUGGGAUGUUUGUGAAGCCUGGGCCGAGAAACGAGGCUACAAGACGGCCAGGGGAGCCCGCAACGAUGUCUACCGAGCUGCCAACAGCCUUCUCCGCCUAGCGGUGGAUGGUCGUCUCUGCGUCUGCAUGCGGCCUCCAGGCUACACUGCACACAAAGCCAUGUGGGAGCAUCACAUUGAGACCACUGAGAUUGCCGCCUUGCAGGAAGCUCAUGGCCAUAAUGGUCGGCGCAGCUCUGGUGAGGAAGAAGAGGCUGAAGGAGAGGAGGAGGAAGAUGAAAUUUCCAGCUCCGGAGAAGAAGAGGAUGAGGAGAAAGACCGAGAUGCUGACGAAGAAGCCGAGGAAGAAGAGGAGAUGCUCUCUGCACCCAAGAGUGGUCCCAGCCAACCUUUUCCUUCCAGGAAAGGGAAGCAGUUGGCCGGCCGGAACUUGUUUGCUUUGCUUGGGGAAGAUGAAUGUUAGCAGCUUCCCUUGCUGGCUAGACUGAGUGGGUGGCCCUCUGCUCCUACCCCGUCCCAACCGACCACCCUGCGUGAAUGCCCAAAACCCAGAGCCAAUGUAUAUCAAUAAAGGUGAUGUUUAUUUCCUGA